UUUGUCAAUGUGUCAAAAGAAACAACAAAGAACGUCAUAGUCUAUUUAUUAUUAUUGUGAAAGCAUAUGUUCUUAAACAUUUUCGGUGAAAUAUUCUGAUAUAAAAAAAAAGUAAUAAAAAGCGAUCCAUCAUUGAUUGUCGAUACAAACGCUCACACUGCUGUACAUCAAGGUCAAAGAAUGUCUGAUCAACGUUUCGACUUAUCGUCGAACAUUUUCAAACUAAACAUUGACUGUUUUGACGAAUUAUUCGAAUGGUUAUCACGCGACGACUUGGAUGCCCUGGGUCAAACGUGUAAAUUGCUGCAACUCAUUGUCGGUGAUCAUUUCCAGCGAAAUUUUCCGGCAAUUGAGGUUCGUGCUGAAGAAGAUGGAUUGUACGUGAACGAUACACGGAGUGCGAAUUUCUAUCGAAGCGCACAGAAAUUGCACAGUUUUGAUAAAUACAUUCAAAAAGUGUCGCUGUGUGAAAAUUCAAUUGGCAUCGAAGAUGGCGUUCGAAUGUUUUGCUAUGUCGGCACCAAUUGCACGACAUCCAUCAAGCACAUUCAAUUCAUGAAUGUUUUAUUAACACAAAUCGAAUUAGUGUGGAUUGAAAAAAUUCUCGGCACCUGUGAAACCAUUUCGAUCGAAGAUUGUCUAAUCAAACGUCAAUUUUACGAAAAAUUCCCCGAACACUGCGAGAAUCUAAGGAGUCUGUACGUAAAAGAUUGUCGAUGGAAUCGAAACGUUUUGAAACGAACGGGAAACGAUUGGUUACAACGUCACUAUCCAAAGUUGAAUCAUUUGUCAUGGACACAGUCAUCGAAAAAAGGCCAAAAAAUCGAUGAGCUACGCACAUUUUUCGCACUCAAUCCACAGGUUGUGAGUUUUUCAACGAGUUUUCAUUGCUUUUGGAAUAAUCGUGACUUCAUCGACCAAGCCAAUGUCAAACUACAAGAUUUAACCAUUGAAUUUGAUGACUGGACAUGGACACCGAGAAACAUCACCGAAACAUAUCGACUGCUGAACAAUUUGCAUGCGAAAGGGAUUUAUGAACGAUUAAAUUUGUACGCCAGAUAUCAUAAUCUUGACUAUUUCGGACAGAUGACAUCGUUGAACGCACUGCAUAGCCUACAUUUACACGAAAUUAGUGAACGAUAUAAUUUGCCGCAAUUGCGACAGUUGAAAGAGCUACGAAUUCAAUACAUCAAUACUGAUUUGGACAACUUACCGAAACAAUUACCAAAUUUGGAACGUGUUUACUUGAAAUUUGCCGAUACAAAACAUUUUUUGCCGUUUAUUUAUCAGAGCGCCAAAUUGAAGGAGAUGAAAAUUGAUUUUGUCUGCGACAGAGCCACAUUUAAUUGCGUUCUUGAUGUGGCUUCGAUGCACAAAGAAAGAGAGAAAUUGAUGGGAGCACGAAAAGUCGUCAUUUUUAUUGAUGAACAUGUAUUUUUGGCCACAAAGUGGAGUACGGGAAAAACGGAGUUCGGUUUAAUCGAAAUUGAACGCGGAUACAAACAUGUCUGGAACCGGAAAAUGGAAUGUUUUUAAACGUUUCGCGAAUAGAAUUGAGGCAUCGGCGUAUUUUUUAUUUUGGAUUUGGAUAACGAUUUGAGUCAAAUUCGGGAUAUUUAAAUCAUAAUUGUAAAUAAAAUAAAAACACACCAAAGAAUGUCAAUAAAACAUAGAUGCUUAAAGAGCUGUUUUUGGAGAACUUUA